GUUAGUUUGUUUUCACUAGUUGCUCGGUUCGGAGAGUGAGGGAACGAAAACGCGCGGCGCGAAAUCCAAAACGACGAAAAUUUCGAAUCAUAAUUUUGGUAUUAAUUUGGUUACGGCGAAUACGUCACUAUGACGUUAUUUGCGGUGCACCGGAAGUGAAGUCGUGACAUUUUUUCUAAAAUGUAAAGCCAUCUGGAGCGGAUAAAGUGUCGAAUAUUUUGAAUGAUGGUUCUAGAGCUGACCACAGGAACAGAGGAUCGUUUCAAAACGGGGCGCCAUCAACUAUCUUCGACGGAAACAUCAAACCCACGCAGCGAACUAUGAUAUGAUUUCAUCAAUCGUCACGAUAGCCACGACGACUUUGAAUAUCAGCGCCAACCCACUCGAAGCGAACACAACGACCGUCAACUACUUCUACACCACCUCGACGCAGGAGCUCCAAGAUGGCGGCGGCGUCGGCAACCUCGCUUACAACUCGUCUUUCAACAUCUCCGGAAACGUAUCGUUUUCCAUUCCGAUUUUCCCGAACUACAUUAGGACCACGUCGAUGGUGUUCUGCAUAAUAAUAAUGUGCCUCGGUGUGAUCGGUAACGUGAUGGUGCCGAUAGUGAUAUUCAAAACAAAAGAUAUGCGCAACAGCACGAACAUUUUCUUAGUGAAUUUAAGUGUGGCGGACCUGAUGGUGCUCUUGGUGUGUACCCCUACAGUUCUGGUCGAGGUUAAUUCCAAACCGGAAACGUGGGUGCUGGGCAGAGAGAUGUGUAAAGCAGUGCCGUUCGUGGAACUCACGGUGGCUCACGCCUCCGUCCUGACCAUACUCGCUAUCAGUUUCGAAAGGUACUACGCCAUUUGCAAACCUUUGAAAGCGGGCUAUAUUUGUACCAAAGCUAGGGCGUCGUUGAUAUGCCUUCUAGCUUGGUUCAUCGCCGCCAUCUUCACUAGCCCCAUUCUAGCCAUAACCCAGUAUUACGGACCAGAACGCUACUACGACGGCUCACUAGUGUUCGCCUGUUUCAGCAUGUCCAUCGAUCUCUUCCCUUGUAUGUUCUUCAUCGGUUCCAUAGUCAUUUUCUUUAUCUUCCCCCUGGGUAUCCUCAUCUGUAUAUACGCCCUGGUCGCCCGUACACUUAUGACUCACCCAUCCAACCUUAUUCCCUCUCAGAAAAGUGUAACGGUACCGUCUCAGAGCGUGAUCAAAUACCGAAAGCAAGUGAUGAUGAUGCUUGCGGUGGUCGUCGUGGCCUUCUUCAUCUGCAUGCUUCCUUUCCGAGCCUUGACCUUGUGGAUAGUCGUGGCGCCUGCAGAAUCGAUAGUGGACAUCAGCUUCGAGACCAGAUACAACAUACUGUACUUCUCCAGGAUCAUGUUCCACAUCAAUUCGGCGGUCAACCCCAUCCUGUACAACAUAAUGAGCUCCAAGUUUAGGGGAGGAUUUCUCAAACUGUGCGGUAUGAGGAAUUUGAGGCGGAAACUGAGGAGGAGGACGGAGACCACGAGGAAGAGCACCACGAGCUCGACGACGCCCUCGUCGCAACCUACGUCGGAGAGCUGCUUGAGGAACAGCCGGACUCAAUCAACGAGAUACCCGAACAGCCUCAAAGAAGUGAAAGAAGUAAAGUCGGAGGAGGAAACUACGGAAGCUAGGGCUAGAUCUAGGAAUAUUUACGUAAGAGCGACCCCGCAAAUCAUAAUCGACGGACUUAAACUGCCAGGGGAUGAAAUAUACGUAUGAUACGAUAGGGGCCCCAUCUAGAAGCAAAGUAACGAAGUAUUAAUUCAACGAAAAAGACAAAAACACAUAUUAUCCUGAUAAUAAGCACGUAACAUUUAAUGUAGAUAUUAUAAAACAGAUCUAGAAAUAAAUGUAUUUCAAAACAGUUACAUACAGGGUGAUAUUUAGGAUAGGAUAAACACACGACGUUAUAGAGAAUAGGAAAAUGCUGUUUUGAAACGUUUGAAAUUUUAAAACGAUAUAUAUAACGAAAGGCCACUGCCAAAGGCGACGUAAAAAUAUUUGCAUCUCAAAAAUAUAAAUGUACGCUUAUAUAAUUUUUCAAAAAAUAUGCUAACCCCCCGAAUAUAAAUUUUGAAACCCGGGAAACUCGAAAAUUACGUAAAUUACUCUAAGCAAGUCAAAGUUACCGAAAAAAUAUUUUUAUGUAGGGCUACGACGCAUUCUACGCAUUCUAAAAAUUGAAUUUUUAAACAUAUCAAUAGAAAAGUCAAAAUUGGAAAUUUUCAAGCAAUUUAAAUUUAAAUUCCCCAACAAACAAAACCUCUCAAUGCCUAUAACUUGUUACAAAUUUAAAAUUUCCCGCCAAACUGAGCGUCAUCAGUCCAUAGCAGCCAAUGAAUGCCUAUUGGCAGGAUUCCUAAUACUCAGACAUAACCUAUUUUAUUUUUGUUUUUGUCACUAAUGGGUAACAUAAAUAAAAACUUCAUUAUACAUUAUCCAGAGAUGAACUGAAAAUGCCCAGUUUUAACCAAACUUGAGUUCAAAAAAUUGAAUUAAACCUAAGCCCAUAGUCAAUUAUAUUUUAAAAAAUCCUAUUUCUUUGUGAUAACUACUGUUGACAUGUACAACAGUUGGUUUGGUGUUAUUUGCCAAUGUAUAAGUAAAUUUAAUAGACAAUAAUUAAUUGUAUACACAAUGAAAUGUUCUAAGACAUUUUCUCGGUCAGCUCGCUGUAUAUUUUUGUCAGUGUACCGCUAAAAUCUAAUUCUAGUCAAUAAUUGCCGAUCAAUAACUUUUUGUUUAUAACAAGACUGUUCUUGAAUAAAUUGUCAUAUUUC